GAAGAAUAUGAGGAAUUAACAAAAGAAUCAGAAACCAUAGAAAUAGAAGCAGGAAAAAAUCCUAUGCUAGAGAAACAAAAAAGAAUAUGGAAACAAUGGCUAAAAAAACAAAGAAUGUGGUUUAUAGAACAUAGUGAGGACAAAUGGUUUAAUGAUUUGUUAGAUGAAUAUAAAAAAGAGGAAGAAUAUGAGAAAGAAUUAACUAUAAGUGAUGUGAAGAAAAUAAAGGAAAUUCAUAAAAAUAUAAAGGAGUUAGAACAAGAAAAAAGUGAGGAAAUAGAGAAAUCUAGAAAAAAGAAAAAGUUGAUACAAAAAGUGUUAAUAGAAAUACAUAUGAUGGUAUUAGAGGAAUGUAAAAAAGAAGAGAUGAAAGAAGAAAUAGAAGGUUUUUUUAAUAUAAUUAGGAAUGAAAUGAAAAUACAAGAAAAUUUACAUGAAGAAUUAAAUAUAUUAGAAAAAAUAAAAGAAGAAAGAAAUUGGAAUUCUUUAUUAGAAAAAAAAAAAGAGGAUAUAGAAAUAUGGAAAAGAGAAAAAUGGUUUGUAGAGUUAAUGUUAGAAUGGAAAUAUAACGAACAGAAAAAUAUAGAAGAAUUAAGCAAUAAAAUGUUGGAAAAAAAAAAUGAAGAAAGAAUAACAAAUAUUGCUUUAGAAAGGCAGAAAAUUAUAUUGAAAAAACAUUGGGAAGAUAUUCGUAAAAAAUGGAUAGAAAGUGAUAACAAAGAAGAAUGGUUUACAAAAUUGGUUGAUGAAGUUGAAAGUAAAGAGAAUGAAUAUAGAAGUGAAAUUACUAAAAAGAAUAUAGAAAAGAAAGAGGAAAAUACAGAAAGAUUUGAGCCAAUAGUAGAGAUCAAUAGAAAAGGAAAAGAAAAAAUAAGGAAAUAUGAAAAGACUCAUCUAGAAGAUAUAGAUGAAAAUAUUAAUUCAAUAAUAAACAAAAAAAAAAUAAAGUGGAAGACUAUAGUAGAAAUACACAUGAUUGUAUUAGAAGAAUGUAAAAAAGAGGAGUGGUUUCUUAAUAGAGGAAAUUUUUUAGAAGCCUGUUUAGAGGAAUUUAAAAAAGAAGAAAAAGAAAAAUAUCCAAAAAUAAUAGAAAAUGAUUUAGUAAUGAUAAGUAAAAGGGAAGAUGAUAUUAGUUCAAUAAUGAUAGAGAAGCAAAAACUUGUAUGGAAAAAAUGGUUAGACAGAAAUAAAAGUAUGUUAAAGAAAUGGAAAAAAGAAGAAUGGUUUAUUAAUUUGAAAAAAGAAUGGUUACAAGAACAAGAAAAAUAUAAAGAAGUAACAAAUGAAUUAGAAAUUGAAGAAAUAAGAGUAGGAAAAAAUCCUAUGCUAGAGAAACAAAAAAGAAUAUGGAAACAAUGGCUAAAAAAACAAAGAAUGUGGUUUAUAGAACAUAGUGAGGACAAAUGGUUUAAUGAUUUAUUAGCCGAAUAUGAAAAAGAAGAAUGUAAGGAAGGAACAACUAAAAUAAAUGCGAGAAAAGUUAAGGAUUUUCAUGAAAACAUGCAGGAGUUAGAACGAGAUGAAAACAAUGAAAUGAGGAAAUCUAGAAAAAAGAAAAAGUUAAUACAAAAUUUGUUGAUAGAAAUACAUAUGAUGGUAUUAGAGGAAUGUAAAAAAGUAGAAAGGGAAAGAGAAAAGGAUGAAUUUUUUAAAGCAAUUAUGAAAGAUUUAAGAAUACAAGAAAAUUUUGAUGAAGAAGCAAAUAUAUUUAAAAAAUAG